AAGAUCGUGAUUUAUUUUUACUUUAGUCCUUUGGUAGGGUCGUUUUUCAUUUUAAGCCAUUUGACCCAUAUAUAUAGAGAGAGAGAGAAAUACACACAUAUAUAAGGUUGGGACUGAAACUGGAAAUGGCGAAAGAGUAUUGUUUUCUCCGCCUGCAACGCUUUGCCUCAUUAAACAGAUCCCUACCAUCGAUCUUCCUUCAAAGGUUCAACUGUGUCCUGAAGAGUUCUCGUCUUCCAGCGGGUAAACUAGAAAUGGAGGCGCAGCAGGGUACAACCCUUGUGCUUAACGGGAAAUCCGCUGCAGAAAAUGACAUGGCAAGGUGUUUGAAGAAGAACGAUGCUGUAAAACUCCCCGACGGUUCUCCAGUAAAUGUUUACUUGCAUUCGGAUAUUGAAAAUGGGCAAAUCAUUGGUAGUGACGAUGCUUUCCGAGUGAGUUCAUACAUGAAUUCUCUCUCAACCAAUCGCUUAGGAAAGCUGCUCAUUUACUCCCCCAAAUUAUCUUCCACGCAUGACAUUGUUUCAAAUAAUUUCGUUGAGUUGCCUGUUGGAGCUGUGUGUGUUGCUGAUAUCCAGCUUAAAGGCAGAGGUCGGUCCAAGAACACUUGGGAAUCACCCAAGGGAUGCCUUUUGUUCUCGUUCACUUUACAAAUGGAGGACGGUAGAAUUGUCCCGCAUGUGCAGUAUGUUGUUUGUUUAGCUAUGGCAGAGGCAAUUAACGAUGUCUGUCGAAAAAAUGACAUGCCUGCACUUGAUGUUAGAAUAAAGUGGCCAAAUGAUCUAUACUUACAUGGUCUUAAAGUGGGAGGCAUUUUGUGCACAUCAACGUAUAAAUCUAAGAAGUUUAAUGUCAGUGUUGGAAUUGGCUUGAACGUGAGUAAUCAGCAACCAACUACAUGCUUGAACGCCGUUUUACAGAGAUUGGGAUGUGUUGACCGGCUAUUACAACGUGAAGAUAUCAUGGCUGCUUUCUUCAAUAAAUUUGAGAGCUUUUACGAUAUUUUCAUCACGCAAGGUUUUCAAGAAUUAGAAGGGCAGUACUACAAGAGAUGGCUGCACAGUGGACAGCGCAUUAUCGUACAGGAGAAGGAUGAUGAUACGAACCAAGUCUCAGAAUAUGUUGUGACAAUCCAGGGUCUAACCUCUUCCGGGUACCUUCUGGCAAUCAGUGAAGACGGUCAAGCACACGAACUUCAUCCUGAUGGUAACAGUUUUGAUUUCCUUAAAGGGCUUGUGAGCAAAAAAGUGGGAGGAGCAGAGCAUUGAAGUAAAACACCAUGUGGAAAUGGAAUGUGGAGUAGUCGUGGGUUGUAAGAAUACAUUUUCUUAAAUAUAGCAAACUUUUUAACGUCGCCUGUAUCUUUAUCUUCAUUAGUUUAAACACUGAAAGCAACACGUUUGUGCCGUGUUUUUUAUGCGUAUCACAUUUGGAUAUCUUAUCUUCUUUGCAAUAAGAUGAUAUUAUGUGACCCUCCCUACUUCUCGUUGUUUAAAUUAAGUAACAAAAUUACAACAAUCAGAUGAAAAAUAAUUAAUAAUUGCGAAAAAAAUUAAUUAAAAAUGCGAAAAAGUAGGAAGGCAAUUACUUUGCAAGAAAGCAACAACAUAUUUGAUAUGUCUAGAAAUUUCCAAUCAAAUGUCAAUCGUCUUCCCUAAAAGUUCUCUCCCACAUUCAAUAUCCAUCUCUAAUCCCACAGGUAUGCAUCCCCUGUAAUUUAUAUCCAUUUGUUUCUAUAUUCCUCGAUUUUGAUUCUGUUUACCAAUCAAGAGCCGUUCUUGGGGAUGGAUUCAACAAUGAGUAUCGGAAGCUAAUCCUGCAAUGCAUUUGUUCAGCUGCGCGGCAUCGAUGAAAGCCAGUAAUUCCCACGUGUCGGUGUCGACGUCAUCGCCGGCGAGAGUUCACAGUUCCGGGCGGGAUUUCGAUUACUCAGCCAGUAAGAGGAACGGCAAGAACAAUCUGGGUCGGGAAUUGAGGAUUAAUUACGCAGUUGGGAAUGGAAUUUCUGGAAUUUUGCACAAAUGGGUGAAUUUCGGUAAGGGAUGGAAGGCCCGGUGGUUUGCGCUGCAAGAUGGAGUGUUGAGUUAUUACAAAAUCCACGGGCCGGAUAAGAUCGUCCUGAAUAAGGAAUCCACAAAAGGGUCCAGAGUGAUCGGGGAUGAAUCCAUGAAAUGGAUUCUCCGGCAACCGAACGGCGACAACACGGAGGAGAGGCAAAAAGCCGCCGCCGUCGGCCGCGAAAUUCAUGUAAAGGUUUCAUACAUCCGGGAGAGCACAUCGGACGACAAGAAAUUCUCGAUAUUUACAGGGACGAGGUGGGUCCAUCUGAAGGCGGAGACGGGGGAGGUUAGGACAACAUGGAUAGAAGCAUUCUACGCCGCCAAGGAGAUGCUCCCGAAACUGGCCAAGUCGGAGCGGCCGGCGGUGUCGACGGAGAAGCUCCGGUGGAUAUUGAGGAGGGAGGGGCUGAGCGGCGCUGUGGUUGAGGACAUCGAGCGGAUCAUGAAGGAGGAGUUAGCGUCGGUGCAGAACCAGUUGACAGUGCUGAAGCAGAAGCAUUGGCUGCUGGAGGAGACGCUCCGACAGCUGGAGGUGCGUGUAAAGAUUAGUACAAAAACAUCACCGUCGUCUUCUUCUUCUCCCCAAACCUGCUACGCCACCCCUACCGCCUCCAUUGCUUGUGCAAAUUAGACUUGCCGACAUACAUACAUACGUACAUUUGUGUUUGUAGGCAGACAUUUGUUAGUUCGAUUGUACAUAAGAUGGCUCUUCAGUUUUGUAUGUACAGAACUCUCUGUCUCUCUCAA